UUUUCUGCAUGCUGUAAAUAAAGAAUCAAACUUUCUCUUAUACCAAUCUAGCCUGGAUAACGUUCAUAUCAGAAAAGCCGGGAGAGAAAACUAUGUUUUGAUUCAAUCCAACUUUUUAUCCCUCAGAUAAAUAAACAAUUUAGAGAUAAAUGUGAAGCAGAUUUUACCAUUAAAGAAUUAAACCAAUCAGUUAACUGCCUUUGAUCAAUUGAUAAAUCUCUUGGACUUGAAAAACAAUCUGCCAACUUUUACAGAUAUUUCUGGAGCUCCUUAUGAGAACUUCACUGUUCACACUUUUUAAGCCAGGAAAAAAAAGAAACUUAUUGAAAAAUAAUCACCCUAUAACUCUGUUAAACACAGACUAUAAAAUGUAGACUCAUAUCUAUGCUUCUCGUCUAAAGAAAAAGGUCUGACACAGGUAAUCAGUGAGACACAAUCUGGCUUUAUGAGACAAACAUCAAUACAUAAUAUCCGUUUAGUACAAGAUCUUCCUGAUGAUAGUGGUGAGGUUGUAGACGAUGGGUUUGUUCUGUUUCUUGACUUUCAUAACGCUCCUGAUACAACAGAGCAUCAGUUUAUGGUUACAGCACUUACGCUAGAUUAUUGAAACUUUAUAUUAUAAUACAAAUGGUUGCAUUUCUUUAUUACAGGGAUCCUCACAUCUUUUGAAAUCAGUAGAGGUAUUAAACAAUGCUGCCCAGUAUAGUUAAAGCCAUUCCACAAGUACUUUUAAUAAUGGUGAAAAUUGUUCAAUUCUACAACUGCCUUAACAUUACACUCGUCAUAUAUGGAUGUGAAAUUCUAGAAACAGACGUCUCAAACAGGUCAUUAAAGAAGUAUGUUUGGUGAAGUUUUGCAUCCUGUAUCAAGUAAAAGAAACUUAAUUUUGGAUUUAUUUCAUGAAAUUGAAUGUAGGAAGUGUCAGACAGACUACACUGGCUUUCCUGUUCCCGCAAAUGUUUUAAAAAAUCAUUUUAAAGUCUUAAAUAAUGUGCAUCUUACAAAUGAUUAGUUAAGAAAGAUGUUUAAUUUCGACAGUAACAGCUGCAUCUUUUGUGACGAGCAUAUAGAAACAUCUGACCAUCUAUUCUCUGAGUGUAGUUUGUUAAAACUUUUCGGGAGGACAUACCGUAUCUAAACGUCUAGACACAAAACAUAUCAAAUAAAUAAGACAAAAUCAUAUUGUAUUUGGUAUGUUAAAUGAAGACAAAAAAGCUGAACUACUUGUUAAGCAUUUAUUGCUUUUGGGAAAGUUUUGGUACACAAGUCGAAAUAUAUGAAGUCCUGGUUUACAUCUUUCAAAAAAGAAUUAUUUAUUUACUUAGAAUCACUCAAAAUAAUGAAAAAGAAAAAACUGCAACAGAAAAAGUUAAAUCCUUGUUUCAUGAAUUAUUAUUAUUAUUAUUAUUAUUAUUAUUAUUAUUAUUAUUUAGAAGACCCCUAUGGUUAAGGGAAGGAAAAAGGUCUUCUUCCUCUUCUUUCUUGGUGCUAUGGUGCCUGGUUCGUGGACUUUACACUCUCUGUUGUGAGGAUGUUUUACAAUGUUGUUUGAAAAUGUUUCAUCUUCAUUAAUUAAGAUAAUAAAUAAAUAAAUAUAAUAAAAUAAAUUUAAAUUGUGAAUUCCUGUUUGUGUAGAGUAGCGGAGGGAUGACGUCAUUUUGUAAAGCCAAAACCCGGAAACGAGUUAGCAUUUUAGUACUUCCGGUUCCAUCGUCGCGAAGUCAAUGGUUUUUUAAAAUGGGAUUUUUGUUAAAAGCCUGAAAUAAGGUCUGUGGUGAACACAAGCUCAACAUAUUUUCACGUUUUAUUCUACCACAUAAAAUACAGUAAUACCCUACUCGUGAUUUUUUUAAGCUUUUACGUGUAUUUGGAAAAGGCGGUUGCUAAAUGGGACUACAGACGUUGUCGGGGACAUUAAAUGUCAUCACGCCGAACAGGAAAAACUUUGCAGAUAAACUGGUUCAGGCAGCAGCGAUUCCCAGAAAAAAGACCAGAACAAAGAAGCAUAAGAAAGAACGAAAGAAACGCAGAUCGUCAUCGUCCUCCAGCGAGGAUCAGGGGACAGUGGACAGAGAGAGACACAGAAGCAGUCGCAGGGACAAAAACAAGCAUGUGAGCAGGCUUGUUGUUACGACGCUUCUACUGAGUGCACAGAAACCAGUGAUAAUGAUUAUGAGACAGCUGCACGUGAAGGUGGAGAAGAGUUACGGAGAGCUGACCAGCAUGGACGUAGACCCGGCAGACGAGAGCGACACCAUUGCACUCAGUCAGAAACAGCAGCAGGACCUCCUCAUUGUGCUCGACACCAAUGUUCUCCUCAGCCACCUGGACUUUGUGAAGAGGAUUAGAUCCCAUGGACUUGGAGCUCUGGGGUUCCCGACGCUGCUGGUUCCCUGGGUGGUUCUACAAGAGCUGGACUCGUUAAAAAGCAGGAAACUGUCAAGGCCAGCUGUGGACUACAUCUACACCUCCCUGAAGAACCAGGAGCCGCAUCUCUGGAGCCAGUCCAUGCAGCAAGUGUCUCACGCUGCCUGCAGGCUGAACGUGGAGGAUAAUGACGAUCUGGUGCUGCAGUGCUGUCUCCACUACAAGACGUUGUAUCCAGGGGGCACUAUCAUGCUGUGCACGUAAGCCGUACGUUCAAGACUCAGAAUUGUUCAGGCAUCUUUAGGAGGACAUCUUUGGGGGUCACAUCUGGAAUUGAUUGCUAAUCACGCGUUGAACAAAAGACCUUGUUUUUAUCUUCUGAUUUGCUCACAGUGGCCUGCUGGACACCUCUGGAUAUUUGAAUAGUGCUUUUAACAAUAAACAAUGUCACAAUACACAAUAAUCUGUUACGAGCAUUUACAUUUUUAAUGAGCGAGAGAGAGGGAGAGUUAUUAACUGUUUAAUGUUUAAUUGUUAAUGGAAUAAGUAAAAAUAAAUAAAUAAAUAAAAUGGAUUUGAUUGAGGUAUUAA